AUGGCGAAUACUACUACUACGAAUCCGUUUGGUUCGAUCGAGCGAGAAAACGACGAGAACGAGGAACGACGAGCGGGAGAGGAAGCGUUUAACUCCUUCAACGAAAUCGAGUUGAAUAACGCGACGAACAACAACACGCCUCCUCCUUUUUCCGCGACGACGACUUCAUUGAGAGACCGAAUGAUGAUGACGACGACGACGGAAGAAGAAGAAUCAGAAGGCGCAGAGAGGAUAUUCGUGGGGCAGUCGAAUAUUAGCGUAAACGAAUACACGGUGGAACAAGCGAUCGAUUACAUCGGUUUCGGUAAAUUUCAGAUGGUAUUCUUAGCCGUGACCGGUCUUUCGUGGUUAUGCGACGCGAUGGAGAUGAUGUUGUUAUCGUUCAUAGGCCCCGCGGCGAGGUGCGAGUGGCGGUUAACGACGACGCAGGCGUCGAGUUUGACGAGUUUCGUAUUCCUCGGGAUGGGUUUCGGAGCGCCGAGUUUUGGGAUGUUCGCGGAUAGGAAAGGAAGGUUGUUCUCGUUGAGGUGUUCGACAGGGUUGACGUUGUUAGCCGGGGUUGGGUCUGCGCUCGCGCCGACUUUCAGUGCGUUGUGUUUUGCCAGAAUGGUCGUCGGCUUUGGGUUAGGAGGCGUUCCGGUGGCGUAUAACUUGUGCGCGGAGUUUUUACCGAGUAAGAAGAGAGGCGUGUAUUUGUCGUCGUUGGAGUUUUUUUGGUCGUUCGGGAGCAUGGUUUCGGCAUUGUUGGCGUGGACGAUUUUGCCGAAGAGUUCGUGGAGGACUUUGUUAGGCGCGACGGUGUCGCCGUUGAUUUUGUUGGGCGUUUUGUUGGUGUGGAUGCCAGAUUCGCCGAUGUAUUUAGCGAGUAAAGGGAAGAUGGAAGAGGCGGAGAGGACGUUGCGAUUCAUAGCCAAAAUGAAUAGGAAACCUUUGCCGGUUGGAGUGUUGAAAGUCCAGGAGAAAGAUAAAGGGAAACGAGAGGAGUGGUUGGAUAGACGGUUGUCGAUGGAUGAAGAGAGCCAUGCGACAGAAACCGCCGCCGGAGCGUCUUCUCCUCGUCCUCCCCAAAGGGAAAUGACCAGUUUACAAGGCAACAUGUACACGGACGACGAGUAUUCUCUCUCGUUCUUCUCGUCCAUGAAAGGGUACGUGUGGAACCGCACGCCGGUAAAAAUACAACGCCUGUUAGUCCCAAAAUUUCGAAAGACGACGAUGAGUUUGUGGUUCCUCUUCUUCUCCGUGGCGUUUUUGUAUUACGGUCUGGUCUUGCUGACGACGACUUUGAAACUGAUGGACGACGACAGCGGAGGCGCGAGAAAAAACUUAGACCCGUCCACGGUCGUUUGUCUCGCGCAUAAUUCCCCCGACCUCACCAACGCGGAUUACCGCGAUAUCACGUUAUCUGCGUUCUCUGAGCUUCCCGGCAUGAUCUCGGCGAUGGUGUGCAUCGACACGCUCGGUCGUAAAAAAUCCAUGAUUUUAGGCUUUGUCGUCGCCGCGGUCUGUUUCAUACCGAUCAUGCAAUCCGCAAAACGCGACGUCAUCACCGCUUUCUUAGCCAUCGCACGUUCCUCCUCCAUGGCUGCCUUCACCGUCCUCUUCGCCUACUGCUCCGAGGUCUACCCCACGCAAAUCCGAGGCACCGGCGUCGGCGUCUCCAACACCUUCAGCCGAUUUGCGGGCAUGAUUGUCCCGCUCUUCGCCGUCGACCUCGUUCGCAACGGCGCCGAAGAAUUCGUCUUGUUUUUGUUCGGUUUCAUAGCCAUAGUGUCCGCCUUUGUCGUCUCUCGAUUAGAACGCGAGACGAAAGGACAACAUUUAGACGCCAGCACGGAAACCGAAGAAGAGAGUUUUGCGAGUAAAGAAUCAGAAAGCGCGGGCGUGGAACUGAGCGAGCGAACACCGCAAAUAGCAGAAUAG